AUGUGGGCGGCACAUCUGGCCGCCAUCGCCGCUGUUCUACUUAGUAGCCAUGUUUCAGCUGUAGAUUUCAUGGCAAAACGGGUCUUUCUUAAAACACCUGCGUCCUUUGUCAAUCUUACCUCAGAGGCCUGGAAAGUUCAUGCUGUAGAUUUCAUGGCAAAACGGGUCUUUCUUAAAACACCUGCGUCCUUUGUCAAUCUUACCUCAGAGGCCUGGAAAGUUCAUGAUCGGGAUACUGAAAUUACACUUGCCAUUCGAUUCCAACCCAGUACGAAAGUUGGACAGGUGUUCAGUUUACGUGCAAUUGGUCAACAUGGCAAAAAGUUAGUAAAGCUCGUUGGCAGUCUUCAGAGUGGCUAUCUCCAGAUUGACCUAUUCAACGGAACUGGCGACAGUAUACUCAACAAACCGUUCAGUACGCAUUUUCUCGGUAUGUUGCAAGCUGCUCGUGUAGUGUACAGUAAGGGUACUGUAGCAGGACAUGUACUUCUGCAUCGGUUGAACAUAAUGUCACUGGAGCUUUCAGAUCAAAACGUGGAACACAGCCUGGCUGUGCGGAUCAAUACAACAGCCAAAACCCUAUCAUAUCGAUUAGAAUCGUCAUCAGACCAUGUGUGUGAAAUCACAGAAGACGUCGAUUUAUCAGAAGCCGAGAUUGUUCCCACACUUGGAGGCGGAGGUAACUCGAUGAUUGGCUGUGUAACAUUGGUUACGGUACAGGUAGAGGGGGCUGUGGCGCCCCUUCAUGCUAUUCCGAUUGCUUCAAAUGAGAUCGAUGAGUGUUCUGAUGCCAACGAGUGCGCUAGUAGAGAUUGUAAUAAGGCGAGUACAUCUGGAAGAUGUAUCGAACUGGAAGUAGCUACAUGUGACUGCUAUGGCACGGAGAAAUCUGGACCCAACUGCCGCUACCCCGCUCGAACCGUAUUCGUCAUGAAUAAUGACGACGAAAGUCAACCGAGCCACAUACGAUAUACGCCAUGGGAAGUUGAUCAGAUCAUCAGUCGGAUAACGAUUGACUUCAGGUUCGCAGAACUCGACAAUAAGCAAGGUGUUCUGCUUCACUCUGUGCUGGAGGAUGCCUCAGUAGUGAAGCUGUUUGUCGUGGAAGGAAAUGGAAACCUUCUAUUUGGCAAUCUCGGGCACAUGAACUUCACCCUUGACUCGACUCAAGAGUUCCAUUCGAUCUUCAUUGGGAUCCAUCACAGUUCUCGUACUAUUGGAUUGGCAGUGGAUGGGCAGACGCAGGUUAAGGUUUAA